AUGAACGGACUAAUAUCUAUCCUUUAUCUUGGUCUCGUAGGCCUCGCUUCUGCCCUUCCCUCGUCACUCGUUGCAAGGCAGGAUGGACCCACUACCAUCUCUUGCCUCUCGCUCAGAAACAGCUGUAACGCAACCACGGUCGAUCUUAACAACUUUUACAACUACGCGUCAUGUUUCCUCCUAACUACAUGCUUACAAGGUGUUGAGAAUCCUGCGCAAGUCCUCACUGAAUCCCAAGCGCCUGCGACCCAACCACGGCUGACUGAAUCUGUUUUCUAUGCCAUGUCAAAUGGGAAUUCAUACAUGACGCAACAAAACUACAUUGAUGCGUAUUAUUACCAAAUUUCCAUUACUCCCGGCGGCACCUAUCCUGAUGAUGUCUCGUACAUUAUUGAUCAAUGGCUGACCAUCGCUGCUUGGACCGGUUUCUGCGCCACUGAAAACAUUCCUUAUACAAACCUCGCCGACUGGCUGGAAUAUUCAUCUGUUCCUGGAGUGUGCCCCGCAGUCGCAUCGUGUGAUGCUACUGCAGCGGCGGCAACCAUCCCAUGUGUCCCUCAACCGAUAACAGACAAUGGGUCAUGCGCCGAAAUGGUCGCCCAAUGUCAGUUUUGGGUGACCGGGGGCCUUUUCCAAAAUGAAUACUGCGUUCUGGCGAGUUUCUGCUACGCGUGGAGCAACACUGAUGUCCUGCUGCAACAUGAAUACCCCUAUUAUAUCUCCCCAACCCCGAAGACUAGUCAACAGGCAACGCUUUCCGAAGCGGUGUUUUAUAAUAUGACGGGCGGAGCAGCAUCGAUGACUCAACAGAACGCAAUUGAUGCAUACUACGCAGGCUUGACCGGCACAUGGACCUGGUACGGCGGACCUUUUGGCGCAGAGUCGGCCCAGAAAAGCACGAACAAUGGGCCCUAUCCUACCUCCGUUGACUAUGUCAUCGAGUUCUGGGCUAUCAUCAGCGCAUGGACCGGUUUCUGCGAUACACGCACUAUCCCGUAUUCCAACCUAGCAGAUUAUCUCUCCUAUGCCGCCACUAGUGGUUAUCAUCCAACUUGUUAGGGGAGACAAAGCUCCUUGGUAUCUUAUACGGACUUUGUGAUUCGUGGACACAACUAUUUAUUCGAAUAUUUUGAUAACCUCUCUUUCCAGGUGGACAUUGUAUCGUGUCAUUACAUGACCUACGUUAUGUUUGAAUAAUAAAUGACAUUCGCUCGCUCCCCUCGAUCCGCUCGUAUAUACUCCUUCCACUUGCUCUCAGCCAAACCUGUUUUUCUUCUUCUUGAUGUUACCAUACUAAUUUCAUAUCAUGUAAAAGCAAUGUAAAUGUUGACGACAAGAUGAAGAUGAAUUAAUAUUUUUGUCGUUCAGAUACCGU